AUGACAACCGUAUCAACCCAUGUAACAUGUGUAAGAAAAAUAACAACAGAACGGUUCAUCCUGGAUGCCGCUAUGAUGUUAUUUGCCCCAAACAAUAUCACAAACGGCUUCUACAUAUGUUUCAACAGGAAUGCCGUCAAUAUUCUCACACCUUCUGGCAUGAUUCCUGAUGAUGACUUUGGGCAAGAGGUGCCUCCUUUAUACCUAUAUUUAAAACGUAUUCUUGAUAAAUAUCCUGAAGGCGGACAGAUAUUAAAGGAGAUAAUUCAAAAUGCCGAUGAUGCUGGUGCAACCGAAGUGAAGUUCCUCUAUGACAAUACAGAGUAUCCAACAGAUGGUCUCUGGUCUGAUAAAUUAAAAGAAUUCCAUGGUCCAGCACUGUAUGCUUACAACAAUGCUGUAUUUAAAGACAAAGAUUGGUUUAGUAUACAAAGACCUGAACAAAGUGGUAAAGCAGAUGAUCCACUGAAAGUUGGUCGAUUUGGUCUCGGCUUCAAUUCAGUGUACCAUAUCACAGAUCUACCAAGUGUCCUCAGUGGAAAAUGUCUUGGAAUAUUUGACCCCCUUGAAACAGUAUUUGCUUAUGACCAAUACAAAAACAAGAAAUAUCAAAACAAAGCUGGCAAGAAAUGGAAAUUGAAAGGAGAGUUAUUGUCCAAAGCUCAUACACCAUACAGCAACCAGUUUGAACCGUAUUUAGGAGUUUUUGGUUGUGAUGAAUCCUCGUUUUAUAAGGGAAGAUUUGAUGGCACAAUAUUCCGGUUUCCAUUACGUAAAACUGAAUCUAAACUGAGUGGAAACAUCAUUUCCAGGGAUCGCAUUAUUGGUCCUGAUGGAUGGAUUACUUCAUUUAGGAAGGAUGUUGACCUGACUUUGCUGUUUUUGAAAAACAUAGAAUCAAUAUCUGUGUAUGAGUGCAGUGGACAGAAUGCAGAAUCUACCCUAUUGUACAGUGCAUCAAUAGCACAGUCAGUAAUUGAUCGUGUACGGAUUCAGAAAUCUGAAUUUCUUGAACAGGUCAAAUCCACGAAACAAGCUGAUGCUGUCACAAUUGAUAUAGAAAUCAAAUUUGAGGAUCAGUUCAAAGAAGAAGUCAAACGUUGGGUUGUGGCUCACCAGAUACCAGGAUCAGUAUUGUCAGAAGAACUUAGGUGCCUUGCUGAUGAUGAGGAAAUUCGUUUGCUUCCUUGGGUUGGUGCAGCUAUGCAAAUAAGCAACAAUACGAGUGAAUACCAAAAUGGUGGGAGGAUAUUUUGCUUCUUACCACUACCACCAAGCCAGACUACAGGUCUCCCAGUUCACAUACAUGGAUAUUUCGGACUUGGAGAUAACAGACGAAGCAUAAAAUGGCCAGAUAUGGAAUCACAACAAGACAAAACAGCAAGGUGGAAUCAUUUGUUGACAUCAGAAGCCAUUCCUGAAGUUUAUAUGAAGUUGAUUACAGCAUUGAUGCAUGAGUAUAAACUGGAGCCAAGAUAUGUGUAUGCAGCAUGGCCAAAUCCUUGCAAAGUAACUACAAACAACUGGAAAUUGCUGCUAGAAAAGUUGCUACAAAAGCUUAUGCGCAAUAGUGUUUUCUACACUGAAGCUAACUCUGGUACAUGGGUUUGUUUGAAAAAAGCUAUUUUUAACAUCCCUCAAGAAAAUGUCUUACCAGACAUCAUACACAUGAUGUUAGCACAUGGGCAACCAAUUGUCACUCUUCCGAUGCAUAGCCUAGAGUGGUUGAAGUCAUCAAAUAUUUCUCUGAAUAAACUCACACCAGUCAUUGUCAGAAACUUUCUAAAGUCAACACCGCAUCAGAAUAUGGACAGGAGAAAUAAACUUAAUUUAUUAGAGUAUAUCCUAUCUGAUGCAAAUUACAUAGAGUUGGAUGGUCUUCAUUUACUACCAUUAGCCAAUGGAACUUUUACAUCGUUUAGUAGAGUAUAUGGUGCUAGGAAGAUUUUCAUUGCAACUACAAAUUGUCCACAAUAUUUGCUUCCUAAUAUGGACCACCGAUUUCUAGAUGAAAGUUUGCCAGAUACCCUGACAUCGAAACUGCAGUAUGCCUGCUGUCAUACACAAUUGAACGUUCUCAAUGCAGACACUGUUAUUCAGAACUUGGGAUCAGCUCUACCCACCAAUUGGACAAAGGGAACUGGAAGUACAGUAAUAUGGAGUCAGGUUGCAUCUGCCCAGUACCCUCCUUGUCAGUGGUUGUCACAGUUCUGGAUUUGGUUUGAGAGGCAGCACAAUAUUCCUCUAAGUCACCUACAUGGUUUUCCACUGGUCCCCUUAAAAAACAGAGGCUACAGCAUUGAGUUACUCAAACUUAUACCAGGUCCUAAGGCGAUAUUCAUCGGAACACUCUCUGAAGACGUAGGUAAAGUUGUCACGAGUUGUGGUGGCUUUGUAUUAAAUGACGAACUUCCAUAUCUACCAAAAUCACUCAACCAGUAUAUUGCUUCAGCUAAUGCGAAUGGUGUUAUAACAGUCCUAGAAAACCUUGGCAUUGAUACAGUAGAACAGAAACUGAAAAACAGCCCAGUUUUAGCAAGAUCUUUAUCCAAACUCUUCUCCCAGCUUGACAGACAUGCCUGUGAUGAACACAGAUCCAUUCUGAUACGACUACCAAUUUUUGAGUCGAUCUUAGAUGGUAAAUAUGUUUCAUUAAAACAGUGUUGUUUAAUAGCGCCAUACGAAUAUAAGAAAAUCCCAUGUAACAAGGUCAAGAAGAUAUUACUUGCAAAUACUGACUACAACAUUGUUCACCUAGCUAGUGUUCUUGGAGCAAAGAAGUUGGAAUUUAUUGAUUUUCUGGAAGAUUACAUCUUAAGUGAAAUAGAAAAUGGCUAUUAUUCUGACUUGGAAGUGUUACAGAUAGUGGGAUGGGUUCUUAGUCGAUCUCAGUAUGAUGAAAUUGUGAAGAAAUAUAGAUGUGUAAAGACCCGUGGUGGUCAGUUGUUAAAGCCAUGUGAAAUCAUUGAUCCAGACAACUCUUUACUGAAAGUACUACUUGGAGAACCAAGUCAACUGGUUGACAGUCAUUUCAAACUCAUUAAGCAGCUUAGAAGAGUUGGCUUUAUGGAAGAAUCAAACAUAAGUCAUGAUGUAAUAUACCACAUAGCAAAACACCUUGACUGCCAGAGACACAAGUGUACAGCAGUUACGAUGCAAAAAGCACACUGUUUGUUGAAGUAUGUGAAUAGAUUCCCAGCCAAGCUCAGCAAAAUUAUCACUUUAGCAUGGAUUCCCUGCGAUGUCAAUAGACCCAAGGGUUAUCCAAUGUUUAUCCCAUGGUUUGGUGAUGAUAUAAACAACAGCCAGCACCUAUUUACUCCUACAGAGGUUACUAUUCAUGACAAUUGUAAACUAAUUGGAGGUGUUAUGCCAAUCAUUCCUAUAAAAUAUCAGAAUGAUUCUCUUCACUCCACCAUUCAAUGGCAAAUAUUGGAUGGUAAGACAAAUUCUGAACAUGUGGAAAAGGUUGUAAAACAGAUGAUGCUCAUAGUUGACUCAACAAAUGAAAUCUCUAUUGAUAUGCAUAAGUCACUUGAAGAUAUCAUCUUUGAAAUUUACUGUUUUCUAGCCAAGUCAAAAAUACAGUGGGUAAAACACUGGGUACGUAAUAAUGGAGGCAAUACACCAAAAUGGAUCUGGCAUGGAAGCGGCUUCACAAGUGCAGAUAAUGUAGCUUUUACUUCAAACCUGCAAAUCAACCUUCAGCCUUACCUAUUUACAUUGCCGCCCAUAUUAGCUGCACAGUUUUCAAAGUUUUUCAAAGAAAUGAACAUUCCACAAGAGUUUAAUUCCAGAGUACUAAUUGAUGUCUUGCAUAAAAUUAAGAACAAGCAUUGUGAGAAUGUUUCUCCAAAUGAUGUAGAGUCUGACUUGAAACUCUCGUGCGAAAUCUUACAGCUACUAUGCAAGGGUGAUAUUCUAAAAGAAGAUAUUCAGAAGUUAAUUCUUGUUCCAGCAAAGAUGUAUGAUAAGUCAAAGUUGCAGUUGGUCGAAGUGAACAUAUGUCUCUACCGCGAUAGAGAGUUCAUUUCUGAUGAUCUGAAGGACAACUCAUUUUAUAUUGUACAUGAUGACAUACCAAAUGCAACAGCUCGUAAAUUAGGAUUGCAACCCUUGAGUAAGCAUGUGGCUCCAACUGGUAAUCUUGGGUAUGACUUGGCUGGUCCUCAUGAAAGUGUCAUCAAUGCUAUCAAGUCAAAUUUAGAAGUGUACAAAGAAGGUGUGGACAUAUUCAAAGAACUGAUUCAAAAUGCUGAUGAUGCUGGUGCUACUGACAUUAGGUUUCUUAUAGACCAGAGACAAAAUACUGAUGUGCAAUUGAAGCUCCUAGACCCUGGUAUGAAACACUGUCAUGGUCCUGCACUUUGGUCAUACAAUGAUGCCAUGUUCUCAAGUGAAGACAUACGAAACAUAUGUGAUAUAGCAGCUGCAACUAAGAAAAACAAACUAGACAAGAUAGGGCGUUUUGGUCUUGGAUUUACUUCAGUGUACCAUGUUACAGAUGUUCCAAGUGUUGUCAGUGGGUCGCAUGUCAUGAUUUUUGAUCCCAGGAUGACUCAUCUCAAAUCACGUAUUCACAACCCUUCCCAGCCUGGGAUUAGGUUGAAUCUUGAGGAAGAAUCUCAUCGACGGACACUUGGUGUGUGUAUAGACCAGUUUCAACCUUAUCAUGGUAUAUUUGGAUGCAACAUUUCUGAAGACUUUAACUAUAAUGGGACUCUUUUUCGACUUCCACUCCGAACCUGCCAUCAAGCAAGUGACCCAGAAAAUCUUAUCACAGAUAAGGUUUAUCAGGACAAACAAAAACUUCAACAAUUGAUUGUGCAACUUAGAAAUUCUGCACCAUCCCUUCUCUUGUUCACUCAAAGUGUAAAGGAAAUGAGUAUAUGGGAAUUGAAAACUGGAAGCAGAACAGGUGCAGAUGCUGUGAAAAUGCUAACAAUUAAAGUAAAUUUGAUACAGCAACUACCAAGAGAGAUACCCACACUUUCUAGAUGUCAACCAAGGAAAAGAAUCAAUCUGCUAAAAUGCCAGUCAAAUAUUCUACACGCUACUUCAGCAUGGAUGCAGAGCAGAAAUGGUAACCCACCAGAAACAACUAGUUUAAUAGAAGUAUUAUUUGAAUCUCAGUUGUCAAAAUCAAUGACGAAAAAGAAACAGAAAGAAACAUGGCUUAUUAGCUCAUGUGCUAGUGGUGGACCAGCUUUUAAGGAAGCACAAACAGAUGAUGGUAGAAAACAGGGAUUUCUUCCUUGUGGUGGAGUAGCUGCUAAGCUUACAGCCGGGGUAAAUAGACUCAAUCCAUUACCACUAGAAGGGCAACUAUACUCAUUUCUUCCAGUGACAGUCCGGACAGGUUUACCAAUUCACCUUAAUGCACCAUUCGCAUUACAGACAAACAGAAGACACAUUUGGAGCAAAUCCUCAGAUUCUGGAAGAAAUAGGGAAUUUGAGAGUGAAUGGAAUCUUUGUCUCAUGCGUGAUGUUCUACUCAAAGCUUUAAUUAAUUUGUUGACUGACAUGACUCAACUUCAAAAGAAAGGAGUGGUUGGUAGAUAUGUCUUUCAUACAUUGUGGCCUAUCAUGGAUUCCACCGAGACUGAUUUCCAUCCGUUUGUCAGGGCCUUCUAUGAGCAUGUGACUAGGAGUCAGGACAUAAAUAUUAUCUACAACGACUCAAAAUGGGUUGGAUUGCAUGACUGUUUAUUCCUUGGAAAAGACUUGCAAAAAGAAUCAAAAAUUGUUGAAAGUGCAACAAUUCUUCUGAAUGAAUAUUGCAAACCAAGGAGAGUUGUUCUGCUAAAUAAAGACAUUGAAAAUUCCAUCCGAGGCACUCAACUUGUCAACCAGGAAAAUGUUUACAACAUCUACCGUUUCUACAAUGAUAUAUUUUUCAGACAUACAGAAGACAUUAAUCAGGAUAUAUCAAAAACACUGCUGCUGUACUUGUUGGACAUUCGCAUUGGAUCCCAGAAGAAUGUUAGUUUUGAUGGAAUCUUGAAGACGACACCAUGUUUUCCAGUCUCCCCUGAUGGUAACUCUAUUGAUGUACCACAUAAUCUUGUGCAUCCCAAAUCAUUAGUUGGCAAACUGUUUGAUGAUUCAGACGGCAGAUUUCCAUAUGGUGAUGCGUUUCUAUCCAAAGAAAGAUUGCUCUCUCUCACCGACCUUGGAAUGGCUACAGAAGAGCUAUCAUGGGAGGAUAUAUGUGGUAGAGCAGAAUCUGUUAUGGAUGUCUUUCACACUAGGGGUUUUAACGCUGCAGUUUCUCGCACAAAAAUUAUAUUUAAAGUCAUGAGUAACUUGAUGAAAUCUGGUAAAGAGCCAACUUUAAAUGAGCAGCACAGAUUGUCCAAAACAACUUUCCUCCCAGUGCUGAAAAAACCAUCUGAUUAUCCUUGUGACUGGAUGGGAGAAGAGAAGCUUUCAGAUGGGAGUAACAUGUAUGGGAAGAAAUGUAUGGACUACAUUGGCUCUGUUGCAAACAUAUUUGAUGAAUGUCGUAUAGACAGUGCUGAUUUAACUCAGAAAAUAACGGAAAUCCUAGGUGUGAAAAGCCAUGUCAAUGUUGAUGAUGUUCUCUUGCAGUUGCGGCAAGUAUCAAAGUUUCCAAAAUCCAGAAACACCAUGAAAAUGUGUUUCAAUAUAUAUCAAUACUUACAAACAGUAUUAUGUAAAGAGGUUACAACUGAGAGUGGUGAUACUUUAGUACGAAUUUCUACUGGUUAUGAAGAUCAAGUGGAGGAACUUAGAAGCAUGAACGCUUUUUAUGUUGAUGAAGCCUUUGUUGGUGCAGGUCAGUUAGCAUUUAAGUGGACCGACAUAUCAUCACCUUACCUAUACAAGAUCCCCAGAGACCUUGUGAAGUGUAGAAAACUUCUACAAGUGUGUGGAGUAAGAGAAUCAUUUAACAUUGAUGACUUUUUAGAUGUACUAAAGCAGCUGAAAGAAAAGAAUAGAGAUGAUCCACUUGAUAAACAUGGAUUACGACUUGUUUUGCUAAUGUUGAGCAAACUUGGCUCUUUGGAAUGCAAUUUGAAGACUUGUGAUAUAUAUGCUCCUGACACGAAUCAUUAUUUAAGAGACGUUAAGGAUUUGACAUAUGAUGAUGCUCCAUGGUUAACUAACAAAACUCAGUUUAUUUAUGCACAUCAUGACAUUACCUUGAAACAAGCUGAUAGACUGGGUAUUGAUGGUGCUAAGAAAAAGAAAUCCAAUGAGUUUUCCUCACCACUUGAAUAUACAGAAGAUUUUGGUCAGAAAGAAGAUCUCACAGAUCGGUUGAAAGAUAUUUUAAAGGCAUAUCCUGGUGGUUUCGAAAUAUUUAAAGAACUUCUCCAGAAUGCAGAUGAUGCCAUGGCAACAGAGCUGCACAUAAUAUAUGAUCCAAGAUCACAUCCAACUGGUAAAAUUGUUAGUGACUUGUGGAAACCUAUUCAGGAAAGUCCUGCAAUUUGUGUAUUUAAUGACCGAGUAUUUAGUGCUGGUGAUAUUGAGGGAAUUCAACAAGUUGGAAUUGGUGGCAAGUCAGCAGAUGGAUAUACCACUGGACAGUAUGGAAUUGGUUUCAAUUCCGUUUAUCACCUGACUGACUGUCCUUCAUUUCUGUCUGAUGAUGAACUACUAGGUGUGUUUGACCCACAGCUUAGAUAUGUGGAAGGUGCUUCUCAGCAGUCUCCAGGUAUAUUGUACAGGCCUAUUGUGAAGCUGAAGGAACACUUUGAAGAUAUGGUCAGUGGAUUUCUUGGUGACCAUUUUACACUUAAAGGCGGAACCAUGUUUCGUUUUCCCCUCAGACAAGAAGUCUCACAAAUAUCACACAAAAUAUAUACAGAUGAAUAUAUCCGGCAUCUAUUGUUGCAAUUUAAACGACAUGCAUGUGACUGUCUUUUAUUUCUCAACAAUGUAACAACUAUAACCGUGUCCGAAAUUCUGAGAACAGGUGAGCUGAAACAACUUUACAAAGCAGAAGCAAAAAUGUCAGAUGAAGACAAGUUGAAUCGCAGCAAAAUUGUUUCUCAAUUAUCAGAUUAUAAAAAGACACAUGUUGCUGAUAUUCCACUGAUGUCUGUUAACUACAAUUUGCAUAUUUGCGAUUCUAAAGAAAGAAAUGAAAAGUGGCUUCUAGUACAACAGUUGGGAUUUUGCUCUCCUCCUGAAAUGCAGUUAGUUGGUGAAGAACUUGGUAAGCUACUUCCUCGAGUUGGUGUGGCUGCUUUAGUGGAAAAUAACAAAAGAAUGGCAAAGAAAGAUGAUUCAUAUUCACACCUGACAAAUGCAACUCGUAUACAUGAUGAUAGUAAGAAGAAAUCAUUCAGUGCCUAUUGUUUUCUGCCGUUGCCAAUAGAAACUAAUCUUCCUGUACAUGUUAAUGGUCACUUCGCACUUGACAGAGCUCGCCGCUACUUGUGGAACGAUGCAAAUGUUAAUCAAAGUAUCAGAAGUGACUGGAAUCAAAGCCUGAUUGAAAAGGCACUUGCUCCAGCUUAUGCUAAUCUAAUAGAAAUAGCUGGUCAAAGAUAUAUCAAAUACACACAUGCUGGCAGUCCUAAUGAAAACAGACUAAAAUGGUAUCAUGAACUGUUCCCAGUGUAUACACCAGAAUUAAAAUGUAAAGCUACUACAGCAAGUUUCAGAAUUAGUCCAUGGAGAUUCCUUGCUGCCAAGACACUACAGUUCAUAGCCGCCAAAGCACUGCCAGUCCUGCCUGUAAUAAGAGAAACAGGUGAUGGCGUGGAUGGUCAUGGUGACAGUGAUGGUGGCAAUGGAAUUGGAUAUCAACUCACAUGGCAUGAGCCAGUCAAUGAAGAUGACCAGGUAUAUUUUGAUUCUUUGCCUUAUACUACAGAAGGCUCAGAUACAAGAGCAUUUCUUCGUAAAACUGGUUUUAACCUCACAGCUUCAACAAUGAAGAUAUUCUACUCAUUCAUAAAUGCCAGUGUUGAUGUUGAACAAGUUAAUACAGACGCUGUAAUCCGAUUUAUGCACUCUGAUAAAUGUAAGAAUCAGAUUGGCAGUUUACCAUGCAGAUUGGAGGAAUCGGCAUUCAUUGAAUUGAGCAAGUUCAAGAACAUAUUAUCGUAUAUUCUUAGUGGACUGAACCAUCCAAAUGACUUGAAUGGUUUACCCUUGCUUCUUUUUGAAGAUAGUACUAUUGGUGUGUUCAAUCAACAUACCCCACCUUUUUUAUCUUCCUUUACCGAGCUGCUGCCUACCCUAAAUAAAAUGUUUAUUGCAAGAGGUGUAUUGCCAAUGCUAAAGAAAUUUCAAAUAGAUAAGAUAAAUAAUCUUCCAACAGCCAUAUGGAAUAAGUUCACAUCACAAGACCUUGCUAAAUUUGUUCAUACUCAGCUACCAUCAAAUUGGUAUGAUGCCAAUCAGAAUGUUGAUUUUAAUUCAAGACCAGAACUUCUCCGGUGGCUGAAAUUACUGUGGUGUUAUCUCUCGUCUAGGGACGACUCCAAUGUACUGGAACCAAUCAACAAAUGGCCAAUUAUUCCAACUACGAAAAAUACAUUGGUAACACCAUCACAGGGGAAAAAUGUUCUAAAUCUGUCAAUGCAUCAAGACAUGGUCGGAUUGCAGUGGAAGGUGGUGACAUUUAUGAGAAAGGUUGGUUGCGCUGAGGUGAAGCUUAGCCUAAUGACUGAAACAUUCGAUUCUACAAAUGCAGAAAGGGUACAUGUACUACUGAAGCCAUAUGUAACAUCUCUUGGUCAGUAUAAAGAUGUUCUGUCAUUGUUUGAGACUAUGAUGAACCUGGACCUGAUUACGUUUCAUGAUAUUUCCAUAGAGGAAGCUAGCCUGAUGUUGCAAUAUUUUCAAGAAGAAGUUAUGAGGUAUGAUGAGAACAGCAUUUUUACAUUGAAGAAACUGCCAUUUUAUGAGAAUUAUUGUAGGGAGUUAACUAGUUUGCAUGAAUACCAACAUUGCCACUUUUUAGUAGAUCACAUUCCUGAAUUUGAGCAAGACACCUGGACACUUCACUGUAGCUGUGUGUUUCUUACCAAGCAUCAUCAUCUGCAGUUACUUCUGCAAACCCUUGGUGUGACAGACAUAACAUCAUUUGAGGUAUACACGAAGUACAUCCUUCCAAACUUCAACAUUAUGUCCGAAAAAGCCAGACUGCUACAUCUGGAAUAUAUGAGAGAUAAUAUGUACAGAUUAUCAGGAUCUGAGUCAGUUAGGAAACAUCUAUUGAUGGCACUCUCUCAAAUUAAAUUUAUUCGAGCAGUGAAUGGCAAGAUGGAGAAGGCAGAUUAUUUCUUUGAUGGUAGUAAUGAAUUGUUCAGGUUAAUGGAAGAUAAGAAGCGCAUUCUCCCUGCUCCAUUCUCGGAUUACAUCUGGAAAACAUUUCUCAAAGACCUUGGUUUGAAUAUUGAAGUCACUCCUGAUAUUUUUCUACGGUAUGCUAAUGAAGUUGCGUCCAAAGCAGUUGGUCAAAGAAGUUGUCACAUGAAGGAAAUGAUACACAUAUCAAAAAUGCUAGCAGCUGAACUUAAAUCAAAUGAUAGUCUUCAUAUUCGCUCAUUUCUAAGAGAAGUAUCUGCAAUUAAAUUUAUUCCUUCAGCCAAGGUUCCUUCUGAGCUGCUUAACAUACACCCAGCCUUUUCCGAGACAACAUUUAUUUGUCUCUCUGGGCAUUUUUCAGUUGAUCAUAUGAAGUUGAGCUGGUCCACGUCCCUAAUGCUGCCAUCAUGGGCAAUACCUUCCAAAAUUAGAAAUCAUGCUAGUACACAAAUUAAACUGUGGGAGAGCCUCGGAAUUUUAGAAGAGCCAUCGCUAGAUACAGUCAUAAACCAUUGCCAGAAUGUAUGUAAUCUAAUAGCUAAGAAGAAUUCACCAGAGAAACAAGACCCACUUUCAUCUGUCCGUGGAUUAUUGUCCCAAGUACUGAUAGAUAUGUAUGAUGUUUUUAAGCAGAAUAAAGACAGGACAUCACUGAAGGAAAGGUUAUGCAAUACACCAAUUGUUCUUGUUGACAGCAAUAAGGUUCUUGUUCGAGGCAACCAACUUGCCUAUAAAUUUGAUGGUUUACAAGAUGAUGAGCUCCAACCUUACAUGUACACACCACCACGUGCAUUGGGCUCUUAUGAGACAUUACUGAAAUGUAUAGGAGCUGAGGAAAAGGCAACAUUCCGUCAGUAUGCUAAUGUGUUAUCAACAAUUCAUUAUAACAGUAGUGGUGGUCAUUUGACACCAAACGAGAGAGUUAAAGCGAAAAAAGCUACAAAAGGUUUAUUUUACUACAUGACAGAGCACAAACAGAGUGAAUAUGGUGUAUCUGAGAUCUACCUCCCUAGUAUGACAGGGAGAGUAUCAUUGUCUACAAACCUUUUCUAUGGUGAUACUACAAUUCUUCCCCGUAUACAAUCUAAAAGAUAUGAAUUUGUUGUACCCCUGAGUGAAUGUGAAUGUCAUGAAGAUAUUAAAAUUGAUCUUUUACCUGAAAAUCUCCGGCCAAAGAACAUUGGGAAGACUGUUCUUGAAAAGAAAGAUCCACAGUCUGAAGUUUGCCUUGCCGGUGAAAGUUGCCAAUUUGAGCAGCAUUUUCAGAAGAUACUCACAAGUGUUGAAUUUGCUGAUUGUGUCCACCGUGUGGUAUGUCACCAACAAGGCACAAUGAAAUCAAAUGAAAUUGGUGGUAUGUUAAAAGGAGUAACAGUACGCUGUAUGAAAACUUUUAGAACAAAGUUAUUCAACCCUACAUGUGAUGAGUUUAUAGAAAGAAGUGAGACAACCGAAGCAGCCUUUUUAGACGAAAAACAGAUUGUUUACAUUACCCAUGGUGACUUGCCAGGUGAUAAUGUUUUCUUGAGCAGAAUAAGCCAUAUUGUGAAUAGAUUAACAGGGUACCAGAUGAAAGACUGUGUACAAGUACUCAUUCUACUGUCAUACAGCAUUGAGCAGUUUCAUGAUAUCCUGACGAAUACAUUCAAAAUUCCGGAGUUGAAUGCAGCUACGAAAGCUCUAAGACGUGAUACCCAUGCUCCUGGUAACACUGUUCCAUUUGAUAUUCACCAUCUUCUUGACCAUAGCCUUUUCAACACUUUCAAAAAAAAUGAAAUUGUAGCCUUGAUGAGGUGUACUACUAGCAGUGCAGAUCAUAGUGAAACAUGUGAAUACUUUUUCGCCAAGAUUAUAGAAGUGGCAGAUGGGACUGGUCUUUCAAUGAGAUAUAAAGUAAAUAGUGGUGCUGGUGAGUAUGAGAUUGUGAGCGUAAAUGACCUGUACAAAUUCUUACGUCCUGAAAGUCAACCAGCACAUGAGAUAAUGAUGCACCCUAGUCCAACAGAUGAUGUUCCAGUUUCACCAUUAAUUGAUGUUUCAUUAAAAGAAGCAAUUGAUCAGAUUAAGAAAACAUUGCAGGAAGCAUUUAAACUGCCAAAAGAAGAACGUGACAAGAUUCUGCAUUCCAGUUUUUAUUAA